AUGAACAUCAUUCUUAUUUUUCCUUGCCAGUAUGAGGUGAAAGCUCCCGUUCCAUCUGCCUGUUUCAGGAAUAUUUGUAAACAAAUGGCAAAAAUGCACGAAGCUAUAUUUGAUCUCCUUCCAGAAGAACAAACACAGGUGUUAUUUUUAAGAAUUAAUGCAAGUUACAAACUCCACUUGAAAAAGCAAUUAUCUCACUUAAAUGUGAUAAAUGAUGGAGGACCUCAAAAUGGGUUGGUCACAGCAGAUGUAGCUUUUUACACUGGAAAUCUUCAAGCCUUAAAAGGCCUUAAAGAUUUGGACCUAAAUAUGGCCGAGAUCUGGGAACAGAAGAGGUGAUGACAUACUGGAAAACUGGGUAGUUCGUCUGACCACGGGAUGUGUAUGUUUAUGAAGAAAAUCUGGAUGCCUGUGAUUCAAGAACUGAACCAGGAACCCAAAGUGACCUGGCGUGGGGGAGGGGGAAAGUGAAGUAUCAGUGUCGGGAAACUGGAUUCAGUGGGAUCUACAAGAAAUGCCAUUUUUUGCAUCCUUCAGUGAGGAGUUAACCGAUCAGGUGUCUAUAACAUUUUUCAUUCUCUCUGGAAACAGACUCAGGUUUCUUUGGACCAAAUCCAAAAGAACACAUAGCUGUAACACAGCUGUAGUUGACUAGAAUGCUCUGUAUACUUUAUAUUAAAAAUGCUUUGCAUUUCUUCCAGUGCAAUGAAAUUCAUAUGGUGUCCCACCUUAUUUAAUGAUGGUACAAUUUAAAAUAUUAAAAUCUUAGUCAACCUCUGUAGAAAGUUUUCUCUAUGAAAGUAAAGCUGUUUGAAAAAUUAUUUUUUUACAGAUCUUUCUAUAAAAAAUAAACAUCUUUUGAUUGCUUGGAUUUAGGAAUUCAAUUUUUGUUUUAGUGACUAAUGUCAAGUUUCAGGUUUUGUGUGUUGCACAUUUAAUCUUUCUACUACCACGGUAUGUCAACUGGAUAAAGCCUUCCAGAACAGUCUAAAUUCUUGAAAGGCUGAUUACAAGUAAUAAUUAAAGAAUAAGAUAUUGGCACUUAUUUAUGUAACUAACUACUAAUUAAUUUAAAUACUUUUCAGAAGUGGUAUACAAAAGCCUACCAUUUACCAUCUGUAUUUUUAUAGAAGUAUCUAUGAAGGGUUUUGGGUUUUUCUGGGGUUUUUUUUCCUUUUUAUUUCUAGGAGGUAGAAUACAUGAAUAUAUAUAAUCUGCCUGCUUAUGAGUUCUCAUUUUAAUAUUUAGAUAACACAUGAAGUAUGGCCCCCUUGGAUUGUUUUUAAGUUACUUUCAAUAUGUAUAUGAACAAAGACCAGGGAGAAACAGAAUUUUUAAAAUAUAGGCUGCCAUGUUGGGGCCAGAAAUAUAAAGUGAUGAGUAAGUUAUUUAAAGACUUUUAUAAUACCUACCUUCAAAAUUAGACUCAGCAGCACUCUACAUAUGAAAGUGCCUGUGCCUCACCUCACACCAAGAAUCUUGCCUAACCCUGUCAGAGUGCCUAAUCUUGUGAUUAUGUACAAUGAAAUCGUCUUAUUUUGUGCUCUUCGGUUUCUUAAAAGGAAAGCUUGUUUUCUUUCCUAUAUCAUUACAGAGGUAUGUCAUCGGUUCUUAAACUGUAUGUCAAAAAUAAAGUUGUAAAAAAUUA